AUACUCGUUGUUUUCCUCUCAUCCGCCGUUAUUUUCGCUUCCUUUUACUGCUAUAAAUAAUUAACUACUACAAAAUUAAAUAGUAUUUUUAUAUAUCAUCAAUUAACCAAAGCUACUAGUAGCAAAUAUUUUAAUUUUAUUAUUUUAUAGUUUAACAAUAAAACAAGUUACUCAAUGCACCCAAACGCGCAUUCAACACUAAUGGAUGGAGGCAUCUCCACCCGUUCGAAUAAACACAAUUUACCCACCACAAAGAAAAUGUUGGAAGAAGCGAUACAAACACUAAAUUGCCAUCGGGGCUUCUCACUAUACAGGCUGAAGAAGUAUAUCUGUGAAAAAUAUCAAAUUGAUUUGACUACACAACGGCAAAACAUGAUUAAAACUCAGUUGCGUGCACAGUUGGUCGAUGGUACGCUCAUAAAUGUGACCGGUAAAGGUUUAAGUGGUCUCCUACGGGAAAGCAAAAAAAAGAAAAGAAGUACCAGCAACACUAUUGCUACUGAUGCAGCAUCCAAGGCAAUUAAACGUAAGAAAGUAGUUGGCAAAUCAAAGAGUGCCAUCACAAGAAGUGCAUCGCAAGAUACGACUAGGACACCACCUAAUGUUACAGUGCAACCGUUAGUGCCAUUUGCACCACAUCGCAACUCAAUGGCUGGUCAUAGUCAUUUGGAGGCGGGUGGUGCUACGCCGUGUACCUCUGGUGGGCGAGUAGGACGUAAGCGUAAGUUGUUACCACCACCAGAGGACAUUGUGAUCUCACAGGAAUAUUGAGUGAAAAGAAAUUUGGAGUGUUACUGCAACUGGCAAAUCGCCAAGCAUAGUGUUGAGCGUAGUUACUGGCAAAACUCAAGCGUGAUCUUGAGUUUGAAUGCAGAGUAGAAGUUAGAAGUAGAAGUAUUUAGAAUUUUAAAUUAAGCUAAAAAGUUAGAUAGGUACAAAUUGUUUCCGCCAAUAUUACUGUGUAAUAUUUUAAUGUGAAGCAUUAUUGUUAUAUUGCCUAUUAAUACUUUUUUUUUGUAAAUGUUUAUGAAUUUCAUAACUUAGUUAUACGUUUGAAUUUGCUUUAAGUUUAAUAUUAAUAUAUUUUAUUUGGUUGCAAUAAGCAGGUCUUAUUUAAAAGAGAUAAUGUCUUUAUUAAAUUUUUAUUUUUUUAUUAUCUUUAUUGGCGUUAAUUAAUAUUACAAUUAAAUACGCAUUUAAUACAAAGUACAUUUUAAAUUAAAAUAAUGUUUCGUUUGUUUGUUUUAUUUUUCCAUUAGGCUACACUAUUCGUUUCAUACAUAUAGGUUGCGGAGAUUUUUCUAUAUCCAUUAAUUUAAAAUAAUUUCACUAGAAAGUAAUACAUAUAUAUAUAUAUUGGUUUUUGUGAAGAACUUUCUUGCUACUAAUGCAUAUGGAAAUUAUCGGCAAACAAACAAUACUUAACCAAAUUUCUUUUUAAAUUAAUACUUCUUUAUGUAAGUAUGAAAAUUAUUUCGAAAUAGAAGCAGUUCGAACAUGUUUUAUUGAAAUUAUCUUAGGUGUCUGCACAUACAAACUACUGGCCGUAUCCCCAAGUGUAUACAACUAUUUGGUGUAUAUAUUUUGCAAGUCCGUACAUUUGACAAUGUACAAUGUGUUUUCCAGUGCUCACACAAACAUUUCACGUGCAACAAAAAAAAAAUAACAAAAAAAACAUUGCAUUCCACAUCAAUUGAACUACAAGUAUACAUAUAUAAAUAAAAGAAAGACAUUCUUACAUUACGCACAGUAGUGUGGCAUGACUGCAGUUUGCUGUGUGAAAUUAUGGGGAAAAUUGUGUUGAAGUUAUAGACUAAACUAAAAAAAAAUAUUAAAAUGAAUGCCGCAUCAUGUCACCAACGCAAAGUGUUGCAUACAUGCCGCCGACUUGCUGCUGCAUAU